UUACAUGGCAGUGUUAGAGCCAACUAGGAAGAGCUCUUGUUUAGGCCAGGCUGUGAUAUUACUCUGCAAGAUCUGUCCAGGUUUCCACCUGAGAACUAUGGGAUUAUAAAUUAUGCAUUAGAGCAAUCAAAAUGUCUUUUAGUUUUGGAUCUACACCAGGCAUGGGGAAAUUUGGGCCUUCCAGGUGUUUUGGACUUCAACUCCCACAAUCCCUAACAGCCUCAGGCCCUUUCAUUUCCCCCCUCAGCUGUUUAGGCUGAGGGGGAAAAGGAAGGAGCCUGAGGCUGUUAGGGAUUGUGGGAGUUGAAGUCCUAUACACUUGGAGGGCCCAAGUUUCCCGAUGGCCGAUUUAUAAUCGGCCCUCCACAUUCAGUGGGGUUAGGGGCACAAGAACUCUGUGAAGGCGAACAGUUGCAAAUCAAGAAAUGGCUCAUCCUGAUCUCAGUCUUCCCUGUUCUCCUUCUCUCUCUGCGCUACAACAUGAUAGAACAGAACAGCUGCUGAUGGUAGAAUUAUGUGUGAGAAGGAAAAAUCCCUGGGGAGAAAAGACAGCAUUUUCAAAGCCCCAGUGGUUCUCUAAUCCUGGCUUGAAUUAGCACUCAUCCUUACAGUCCAUGAUGUAUAGUCCUAUCCAAGAGAAGAUAACAAGAACUCUUUCUUAUGAUAAAAAUGUCAGUUGAAAACAAUGCAAGCAAAGAAAUAGCUUUAAUUUUGAUUUUUUUUAAAAUUUGGCUUGGGAUUGCUCAAGCCUUUUGGGGUUAAAGGCAAGGUUGAGUCUGAGCUCCAGAUUACUGUUAUCUCCCAGCUAUUAAUUGACAAGGCAAGGCAGAAACCCAAGGCAAAGUGAUGUCACAACAAGCCCUUAUAAGAAUCUAAACAUUGGCUGUUGCGAAGCAAUUGCCUUCCCUGACUGCUUGUUCUUGACUCCCAGACCAAGCUUCAGGGCAAACAGAGGAACAAUGCUGGCUCUUUUGAUUCUCUUUCUUGUGAUUCUGUCCUUCCUGUCCUUCUCAAUGAAGGCCCAGGUGAAGCUGAAACGCAAGCGCAACUAUCCCAAGAGCCUGCCUUCCUUGCCACUCAUUGGGAGCCUGUUGCAUUUUAUGGGAGAUACAAAGCCUCACCUUCUCUUCUACAGAUUGCAGCAGAAGUAUGGCAGCCUCUACUCUCUUUACAUGGGCUCUGAUUAUGUGGUGGUGGUGAACAGCUAUCUUCAUGCCAAAGAGGUUCUGCUAAAGAAAGGGAAGAUCUUUGCUGGACGGCCUAGAACAGUAACCACAGACCUGCUGACAAGGAAUGCAAAAGACAUUGCCUUUGCCUCCUACAGUCCAAUUUGGAAAUAUCAGCGCAAGCUAGUGCACUCUGCCCUUUCUAUGUUUGGGGAAGGAUCUCUAGCCCUGGAGAAGAUAAUCUGUCAAGAAGCGACUUCUUUGUGUGAAACUCUGAGUGCUGCCCAGGAUUCAUCUCUGGACAUGUCACCUGAGCUGACACGGGCUGUGACGAAUGUGGUUUGCUCCCUUUGCUUUAACUCAUCCUACCAACGUGGGGAUCCUGAAUUUGAGGCUAUGUUAAAAUACAGUCAAGGCAUUGUGGACACUGUUGCCAAACAAAGCAUGGUGGAUCUCUUUCCUUGGCUUCAGUUUUUACCCAAUAAAGAAUUGGCAUUGCUGAAGAAGUGUGUGGGGAUGAGAGAUCAGUUUCUACAUCAGAAGUUUAAAAAACAUAAGGAAGAGUUCAGCAGUGAUUCUGUCAAUGACCUCAUGGAUGCACUCCUGAGAGCCAAACUGAAUGCGGAGAACAACAACAGCCACAUAUUGUCUGGGCAGAGGCUGACAGAUGACUACCUGCUCAUGACAGUAGCCGACAUCUUUGGUGCAGGUGUGGAAACCACCACUACUGUGCUGAAAUGGACUGUCCUCUAUCUCCUACACUACCCAAAGGUACAGCAAAAGAUCCAAGAGGAGCUUGAUCAAAACCUUGGCUUUAACAGGCACCCUUUGCUCAGUGACAGGCAGCAAUUGCCUUACUUGGAGGCUACCAUCAGUGAAGUUUUGCGUAUCCGUCCUGUCUCUCCACUUCUUAUACCACACGAGGCACUGGAAGAUACAACCAUUGGGGAAUAUGACAUCCCAAAGGGAGCUCAAAUUGUGGUCAACCUGUGGUCCAUUCAUCAUGAUGAAAAGGAGUGGGAGAAACAUGACGAAUUCAAUCCAGAUCGGUUCUUGGAUGAGGAUGGGAACCGAAUCUACAGCCCUUCUCCAAGUUUCCUCCCUUUUGGAGCUGGUGUCCGGGUUUGUAUGGGAGAAGCGCUAGCCAAGAUGGAGCUCUUCCUCUUCAUAUCCUGGAUCUUGCAGAGAUUUACACUGAGCAUCCCUGAAGGCCAGACGCUGCCUGAGCCAGAAGGCAAGUUUGGAGUUGUGCUCCAAGUGCCAAAGUUCCAGGUGAAGGCUACACUGCGGGAAGCUUGGAAAGGAAAAGAAUAGGUCAAUUAUGCAAUUUUAUUAUCCUAAUAUUAUCCUGCCCUAAUCAAUUAAAAAGUAAGGGGGUGUCUGUUCAUCCAAACCAGUAAAGGUUUACUGGAUACAUAGGAGACUGUGAAGAAGGAAAUCUAACUCCCUGGUAUAGGAGACAAAGGCAUUUUUUCAAAAGUAUAGUAGACUCAUAGGAUCAAUGAAGAAAGGACGCUGUAACUCAUGUUGUUAAUUUUUAAAAAAUUAUUUUUGACAAAGAGAAAACAAUUGAAAUAGAGGGGGGUAAUUCCUGAGAUAGCCCUAUACUGUUAUUUUAAUCCCUCUAGCACUUGUUCCUUGGUGGUCCCCAACCAAGCCUGCUCCUGCUUAGCAACCAAAAUUAGAUGGGAUCUGGUGACUUCAUUGUAAUUAGAUCUGUAUGCUCUGAUUAUCCCUCAAGUAAAGUACAACCUCCAGAGUUCCCCACCUAAUAUGUCUAGAGUAGUAAUCCAAAAGCUUGUUCAAGAAACUUGAUAAACUCAUCAGCACCUCACCUCAGCAGUCAAGACAUUUUUUGAGUUCCCGAGUGUCUGUUUUCAUGGCGAGCUGGAAAAAAAUUGAGGAGGCUGUUUAUUUUCUCUCAGAGUUCUUGAUUUCUAUUAUGUUGAAGAGUUCAUGUGAGUUGUUAGUUGUAAAGUAAUGUUUUAAAAGAUUUUAAUUCUGCUUUAGUUUGUAAAGUUUUCAUCUGUACUUUUGUAUGUUUGUAACUGCAUGUGCUUUUAUUGUAUUCAUGCUUUUGAUAAGACACCUUGAGCCCCAGACUGAAAGAAAGGUGACAUAUUAACAAACUGCUGGUAAUGAAAAUGAUGGUGUAUCCUUCAUCAUCAAUUGAAUGUCCAUAGCAGAGCAUUGUGCAUUAGUAUUUAGAUUAUUCGUUUCAUUUGUUGUAAACAUGUGGUGUAGGAUAUACUCCCCCCCCCCAUGUUCUGUGUAUACAAAAAUAUUAAAAGAAUGGUUUUUCAGCA